CCACAUCGGUUUUUAACGACCGAUGUCUUUUGUUGAUAUAAACAUCGGUGUUUUAGUCAAACCGAUGUUAUAAGUCUGUUUUAAAAAAUAAACAAGCGCGCCUUCCCCCGUUUUCCCCCCUUGGCCAAAUAAUUCAUUCCCUCCUAAAACUUCCCCCUGUUUUUUUGCCUUAGCAAAAUUUCCCACCCCCGCUCUUUUCUUUUCAAUGUCCUUAAUCUCCUCAAUAAAUUAAAAAUAAAUAUAAAUUAUAAUAAAAAACAUAAAAUAUAAAACUUAAAAUUCAAAACACAUGAAAUUCAAAACACAGUCUCACCUCACUCACUCUCACCUCGUCACCUCGUCACUCUCCUCUCUCACCUCUCCUCUCACUCUCACCUCGUCACUCUCCUCUCUCGUCACUCUCUCACCUCUCUCACUGCUGUGAAGCUGCUCUCUCUCUCUCUGGGCUGUCUCUGUAGUCGAAGUCGAGGUUCCAGUCGAAAGUCGAAGUUCCAGUCGGGUUAAAGCUGGGUUUAGAGCUAAGUUGAAGGUUAAAGGGUCGUCGGAGCUCAAGUCGGAGUUCAAGUGGGAGUUUAGAACUAAUUCGGAGGUUACAGCUUGAAUUGGGAAAUAUGGUAAAGAAAGAGAAAAGAGCUAAAGAACAGUCUAAAGAAUCCUUGGAUGAGAAGAAGCACAUAAAUGAAUCCCCAGCUCUCCUGGAAGAGAAUCCAGGAAUACCAGAGCCUGACCCCGUUACUCCAGCGGACACCAUUGUUUCCCGCCAGACGGGUCCACAACCCACAGAAAGUAGUACACAAUCUAAAAAAAGGUCAUCUGGAGCAGCACGAGGUGUUUGUGCUAUGCACAAAGUGGUGAUGAAGAAAGCGAAGGGAGAGAAAUUGAAUUUACGGUUCAAUCAAGUUGCAGUUCCAGUUGGAGACGAACGGCACAAACUGCAGUCCUAUAUAGGCAUGCUAGCAAGGACAAUGGUGCCAAUCGACAUUCCAAGUUGGCCAAAGGUUGACCCUGAAUUAAAAGAGAAAAUAUGGAAUGAUCUUGAGGAUACAUUCGAGCUGAUUCCUGAAAGUCGGAAGAGGAUUCUACAGUCGGCAGGCGCAAAAUGGAGAAAUUUCAAGGCUAAAUUGACAGCGGAAUAUGUGUUGCCUUAUGUUGGACAGAAGAAGAAGCUACAGAAGCCACCAAAACAAUAUGCUUUUGUCGGUAAGAAAGCAUGGAGACGAUUCGUUGCAGUUAGAGUCACAAAAGAUUGGCAGGAAGAGAAUAGAAAACAGAGUGAGAGAGUGGGAAAACGGAAAUAUCCACACCGAGUGUCAAGAAAAGGAUACAUCGGAUUGGAAGAAGAAGAAAUACGGUCAGGGAGGUUGGAGCCUGCUGAAAGGCCAGAUAGGGCAAUUAUGUGGAAAAAUGCCCGUAAGCCAAAUGACGGGAAUAUUAGCCCAAAACUGAAAAAGAAAAUUGAACAAAUUGAUUCGUUACUCGAAAAGCAGCAAAAUGGUGAAUUCAAGCCGGAUGGAACUAAGGAUGUGCUCACCACUGUAUUGGAAACUCCCGAGCAUGCGGGAAGGGUUCGUGGGGUUGGAAACUUCAUACCUCCAACUGUGUACUUCGACUUGCCGAAAAAGUCGAGGAAUCACAUUACCAAAGAGCAAUUUCAUAAUCUUGAGUUGCAAAUUGCUGAGUUGAAAGCUUUGAUUGCUGGGGGCAAUUAUCAAAAUUCACCAAUUCAUCAAAAUUCCGAGAAAGCAAGUUGUCCAGGGGCGGUGAAAGAACAAGACCAAGAACAAAAGACCAGAAAGCAACCUGUUGCAAAAAAACUGAUGGCAGAUGAAUUGAUGACCGAUGAGGAUAAAGAGGGUGCUGAUUUGGUUAUUAUUCCUCCUCCUGGUCCUCCGGAACAAAAGGGUCCUCGCAAAUGUGAACUGGCAGUGGACAACAUCGAUAAUAAGGUAGCUUUUGGUGUUGUUUUUGAUGAGGAAGAUGGAUUAAGUACAUCGGUUCAUGGAGUGCCUCUACAACCAGGAUUUGUUCGUGUUAGUGUGGACGGAAGCAUUCAGGAUGAUGCUUUGGUGCCUGUUCCUGUAAUUGGUGAGAUAGAAACCGUCCACCAAGCCAUCGGUUCUCAUUUAGCAUGGCCCAAAGACAUGAUCAGCUACAUCUCCAGUACUGGAUCGGAGAAAAUUAAAAAGGUGCGGAAGAUGACUGAGGUGGAGAGAGUGCAUAAAGCAUUUAAUUCUGUGAAGCCAAAGGACAGUGUGCCUCCUCGUUUUAGGGUGUUGUACAAAUUUGCAUCGACAGUCAUGAAGGAAAGUGGAAACUCAAUACCGGUUCCAUGUGAUUUUGAAAUUUUUGGAAUUGAACGAACGAUUUAUCUACUUGAAGAGAAUGUACUUGCAUUGCUAGAGUUUAGAAUGAUUGGACAGUCUGCUAUAUCAACAUACAUGGCGUAUUUGUAUUCAUUGUUUCGGGAUACGCCGAGUAGAGAUUUGUCAGCGAUGUUUUCUUUUCUUCAUCCGUCCACGUACAAGCUCAAUGAUGAAUUUAAUGAUUAUGUUGUGCAAAGGCUGAAAGACGGAGUUCUUCGCAUGAACUUUUUGCCUUUUAACUACAAUUUGCAUUGGAUAUUGAUUGUGUUUUGGGAGUCAGAAAUUUUCAUCCUUAAUCCAUUGCCUCAUUAUCCACAUCCCCAGGACCUUGAAAAGGCUUUAAUGCGAGCAGUGAGAUCUUUUAAUGCCCAGGAAGGACGGGUAAACAAGAAUCCCAAAGUUAAAAACGUUCUAGGCUGCCCUAAACAACCAGGCGGUACAGAAUGUGGAUAUGUGGUCAUGCGUUAUAUGAAAGAUUUAGUUGCGGACGAGGAGAUGAAGCUGCUAGACAAGUGGGCUUUAAAGAGUCGCAAGACUUAUACAAGGGAGGAGCUUGACGUCGUUCGCUAUGAGACGCUUGAUUAUAUCCAAUCCAUCAUGUAGCUGCUGGUGACCGGUAGUACUUGUCUUGCAAUCUAAAAACAGCUCUAUAUAUUUCGCUUGAAUGUUUUCGGAUAUCGUAGCUAGCUAGCUAGUACAGUUAGAACUUAAAAAUCAUGGAUGAAUUAAUGUCAAGUAGUAGUAGUAGUUGAUGUUUGAUGGUUUAGUAUACUGUUGGGAUAUAUUGGUGUUAUUGAUUUUUGGAUGCUAUGGUGGAUGUUAAUUUGGAUGCUGGUGGAUGUUUGGAUGUGUAGUAGAAGUUGGUUAGGAGAAUGACAAUUGGUAUAUAUAUUUGGAGAUUGUUUGGAUGUUAA